UGUAUUCGUCAUUGUUUUGUCAUUAUGGUUUCAGUUUUAAUGAGCCCACUGAAUGUUCUAUGCUGUCCACAGUUGACAUUGUGUAUACGGGCACAGAGCAUGGUGCAUACACCUGUUGAAGGCGCAGACCACUUGGCGCAGCACUUUUCAUGUUAAUGACCUGUUCAGGCACUUCCCACUCUCUCACCUUCAGGUUCCUCUCUCACUUGAGCCUCAGACAAGCAUCACGUUCACCUGCAGGUCCCAGUCUUUAACAGGAGUCACAUAAUCAUCGGAGAUGAUCUGGAGACUCGUGGUCUUCUGGGGUAUCUGCUAUUUUUUUGUAGCACCCGGGGUCAGUAGAAGUGUCUCAGAGAGCACCGUGACUUUCCACAGGUCACAGGCGCGCGCGCGCUUCAGAAGAGACGGCAGCGGCACGGCCGGCCCCGCGCACGGACCCCCGUUCGCUCCUUGUCGGUUGCCACUCAGUUCAUCCGAGCACGAAGUCCUGGAUGACAAUACACAUGAGACAGGUUUUAAUGGUGAUGAUGGCUCACAUGUCAUCUUGACCUGGGUUGGUGAUGGCACAGGAGUCAUCUUAGUGCUAUCAACAAUUAAUGCACCAAUUGACUCUUUUACUGGAGGAGGCUCCUCACGUCUUUACAGAAGCACUGAUUAUGGAAAGUCCUUCCAUGACAUUUCCCAUCAGAUCAAUCACACAUUUAUCCGAGAGGAGUUUGGAGUCAGUGUUGGACCAGGAAGUUCAGUGAUUUUGACAGCAGAUAUCCCAGUGGUGGACCAUCCCGGAGGAAUAAUCUUCACCUCCACAGAUGCUGGGGCGACUUUUGCCUUCAUCCAGCUGCCCUUCCAUCUGGCUCAGCCAAUCACGUACCACUUCCUGAACCACGACUACCUGGUUGCUCUCAGCAUUGAUGGCGGACUGUGGCUCUCGUUGGACUUUGGUGCCCAAUGGACAAAAGUACAUGAUGGAGUGCAUUCUUUUGCCUGGGGGGCUGGCAUUAACCUGUUCUUCAGCUGCAGUAAAGUAGAUACAGUUGAUGCAGAGGAAAGGGGAGAUUUACAGCUAAAGAGGACCCAAGAUCUGGGAAAGACUUUUACCACAAUCCAUGAGGAUGUCUUCAGUUUUGGAUACAUAGGAACCUUUCUUUUCUUCUCUGUGAUGGAGGAUUCAAGAUCUCCACGUGUAAUGUAUUGUUCAUCAGACCAAGGAGAAACCUUCAGCCAAGCGCUGCUUCCCUCUGCAUCCACUGAACAGUUCUACUCCAUCCUGGAUGGUGAUGAAGACAUGAUCUUCAUGCAUGUGGACAAUCCUGGAGAUACGUAUUUUGGAACCAUGUACACAUCAGACGAUCGUGGGAUUGUGUAUUCUAAAUCCUUGGACAGACAUUUGUUUGACGGUCGGCGGAAAAGUGACUUCACCAACAUCACUUCACUGAGAGGAGCCUACCUCACGAACAGACUGGAUGAAGAUGGCCGUAUAAGAUCUGUAAUUUCCUUUAACAGAGGAUUAACAUGGAGACCCUUGAACAAACCUGAAAAUGUGGACUGUGGAGAAAAAGUGAAAAAAUGUAAUCUUCAUAUUCAUGGAGAGCACAGCCGCGAUGACCAAAUAGUUCCCAUGCUUGCGCUGUCAGAACCAAGCGCUAUCGGCCUCAUCAUUGCCCAUGGUUCUGUUGGAGAUUCUCUGUCCUCCUCACAGCGUCCGGAUGUGUUUGUGUCCUCAGAUGGGGGUUAUACCUGGAGAGGCACUUUGAAGGGGCCGCAUCACUACAGCAUACUGGACUCAGGCGGACUCAUUGUAGCGGUGGAAGGCGUGCACAAUCAACAAGUCAAAACUAUCAAGUAUUCCACUGAUGAAGGACAGUGCUGGAAGUAUUAUAACUUCACAGAGCAGGCAUUCUUCUUUGCUGGUCUUGCAUCUGAACCAGGAACAAAAGCCCUGAGCGUCAGUGUGUGGGGUUUCAGGCCAGAGGAGGACGGGCAGCCCAUGUGGGUUGCAGUCACCAUAGAUUUUGAGAGCCUCAUUACAAAAGAGUGUAAACAUCAGGACUAUGAGCUAUGGCUGGCUCAUGCAACACAAGGAGAGGGGACAGACAGAGCUGGUUGUGUCCUGGGCCUAAAGGAGACCUACAGGAGACUCAAGAAGCAGUCUCUGUGCAGAAACGGAAGAGCAUAUGUGGUCAGCAAAAAACAGAGUGCUUGUAUAUGUACAAGAGAGGACUUCAUAUGUGAUUAUGGUUAUUACCGCCAUGUGAACACAUCUGAGUGCCUGAGAGAACCUAAUUUUGCCAAUAAAACUUUGGAGCUUUGUCUAAAUGGAGAAGAGGAUGAGCUGCUGACAGUGGGAUAUCGCAAGGUCCCAAGUGACAAGUGCGAGGGGGGAUUUACUCCACAAAAUGUUGUUGAGACAGUUAUCCACCCCUGCAGUGUGAGGACGAGUCCUCGGCCCCCAGACAAACCAACAUCUUCAGUUUCACACUUUGACACUCCAAAGGAGAAACUAGUUUUGAUACUAGUCUGUGUCGGUGCUGCUUCCAUUGUUCUGAUAGCCAUUGCAUCUGCUGUAUUUAUUGUCAGAAGAAUGGUGUACAAAAUCAGGACACCGGAAUACCGUUUUUCCAACCUCCAGGUUCAGGAUGAAGACAUAUUUUUAAGAACAGGUUCGGAAAGCAGGACUAGCAGUAAUGGAAAUGCAGGUCCCCAUGGGUCAGACAUGGACCUUAUUGAAUGACCCAUGACUGAAUGGCGUUAUGCAUCAUUGUUGUCCAAAUUCUUGUACAUAUGUAUCUGUAUUAUACAUUGUUUUAUUUAUUGGAGUGUUUAAUUUAUAUGUGCACAUUAAUUAAUAGAGUACAACUCGGACAAAAUUGUAAAUAUGAACGUGAAGCUUAAAAGUUAAAAUUAGUGUUGUGUGUCGCUACUAUUUACCAGGAGAGGGCGCUGCAUAAUGUAGGUUUCAAAGCAACUUCCGGACCGCCGAACAAGAGCGGAGGAUCGUCUAUGAAGCUACUGGUUUGAUGCUUCACUACUUCCAGUUACUAUUUCUUUUAAUAAUCUAUGCCAUUUAGUCAGUCCAACUUAUGUACCCAUAAACCAGAUUUUUUUUAAUGUGUGUAUGUUUCUUUGCUUGUUGAACCAUGCUUUGUACAUUCUUUACUUGUUUUUGACAUAAAAUACAAAUAAUGUAUGUGUUUAAGAACCUGCGAAUUUGCUAUAAUUUAGAUUUAAAACUGAUCCAUAUAAAAGAUACAAAAACAUUAUA